AUGAUCCUGGAUGUUCCUUCCCUAUAUGAUGUGUGCCUACGGUUAGAGGAAAGUCAUGAUUCAGCCGAUUUCCAAGACUGCAUUGAUGCUGUAAAAAAUAAUGACAUAUCCGUGAAGAAAUUGGCUAUUCAGAUUGUACUCAGGUUUUUCGACGACUUUCCGGAUAAGAGAGCGGCUGCUCUGAAUACAUUAAUGUCGCAGUUGAGGAAUCCAGACGUUGAGGUGCAAAAACUCGUCAUCAAAGGUCUCCCUUCAACAUGUUCGCGCCAUGAAGAUUACGUUGAUCAGGUUGGUGAUGUUCUCGCUCAGCUGCUGAGUAUUCGUGAUAGUCAAGAGUUGCUGUUAGUAAGGAAAUCACUGAAUUCCAUAUUAGAGAAAUAUCCCAAAGGUAAGCCUACUUUGGCAUCUGUAUUUUCCAAUAAGAUUGCUCGCAGAUAG